AUGACAGGAGCCAGGGAGCCGAGGAGGGAGGAGCCGCCGCCGCCGAGCGCUGGGCUGAGGAGCAGAGAGAGCGGGGCGCGGAGUGCGGGCGGCUGCGAGCGCGCUGAGCGGGGGAGAGGCGCUGCCGCACGGCCGGCCACAGGACCACCUCCCCGGAGAAUAGGGCCUCUUUAUGGCAUGUGGCUGGUAACUUUCCUCCUGCUCCUGGACUCUUUACACAAAGCCCGCCCUGAAGAUGUCGGCACCAGCCUCUACUUUGUAAAUGACUCCUUGCAACAGGUGACCUUUUCCAGCUCCGUGGGGGUGGUGGUGCCCUGCCCGGCCGCGGGCUCCCCCAGCGCGGCCCUUCGAUGGUACCUGGCCACGGGGGACGACAUCUACGACGUGCCGCACAUCCGGCACGUCCACGCCAACGGGACGCUGCAGCUCUAUCCCUUCUCCCCCUCCGCCUUCAAUAGCUUUAUCCACGACAAUGACUACUUCUGCACCGCGGAGAAUGCGGCCGGCAAGAUCCGGAGCCCUAACAUCCGCGUCAAAGCAGUUUUCAGGGAACCCUACACCGUCCGGGUGGAGGAUCAAAGGUCAAUGCGUGGAAACGUGGCCGUCUUCAAGUGCCUCAUCCCCUCUUCAGUGCAGGAAUAUGUUAGCGUUGUGUCCUGGGAGAAGGACACGGUCUCCAUCAUCCCAGAAAACAGGUUUUUUAUUACUUCCCACGGCGGGCUGUACAUCUCCGACGUGCAGAAGGAGGAUGCCCUCUCCACCUACCGCUGCAUCACCAAGCACAAGUACAGUGGGGAGACCCGGCAGAGCAACGGGGCCCGUCUCUCCGUGACAGACCCUGCCGAGUCGAUUCCCACCAUCCUGGACGGCUUCCACUCCCAGGAAGUGUGGGCUGGCCACACUGUGGAGCUGCCCUGCACCGCCUCUGGCUACCCCAUCCCUGCCAUCCGCUGGCUUAAGGACGGCCGGCCUCUCCCAGCUGACAGCCGCUGGACCAAGCGCAUCACGGGGCUGACCAUCAGUGACCUGCGGACCGAGGACAGCGGCACCUACAUUUGUGAGGUCACCAACACCUUCGGCUCAGCAGAGGCCACAGGCACCCUCACGGUCAUCGACCCCCUUCACGUGACCCUGACACCAAAGAAGCUGAAGACGGGCAUCGGCAGCACCGUCAUCCUCUCCUGCGCCCUGAUGGGCUCCACGGAGUUCACCAUCCGCUGGUACCGCAACACCGAGCUGGUGCUGCCCGACGAGGCCAUCUCCAUCCGCGGGCUCAGCAACGAGACCCUGCUCAUCACCUCCGCGCAAAAGAGCCACUCCGGCGCCUACCAGUGCUUCGCCACGCGCAAGGCCCAGACCGCCCAGGACUUCGCCAUCAUCGUGCUUGAGGAUGGCACGCCCCGAAUCGUCUCGUCCUUCAGCGAGAAGGUGGUCAACCCCGGGGAGCAGUUCUCGCUGAUGUGUGCGGCCAAGGGCGCCCCGCCCCCCACUGUCACCUGGGCCCUGGACGACGAGCCCAUCCUGCGGGACGGAAGCCACCGCACCAACCAGUACACCAUGUCCGACGGCACCACCAUCAGCCACAUGAACGUCACGGGCCCCCAGAUCCGCGACGGGGGUGUGUACCGGUGCACGGCGCGGAACUCGGUGGGCAGUGCUGAAUAUCAGGCGCGAAUAAACGUAAGAGGCCCUCCCAGCAUCCGCGCGAUGAGGAACAUCACAGCGGUCGCCGGGCGGGACACCCUUAUCAACUGCAGGGUCAUCGGCUACCCCUACUACUCCAUCAAGUGGUACAAGGACGCCCUGCUGUUGCCGGACAACCACCGCCAGGUGGUGUUCGAGAAUGGGACCCUCAAGCUGACCGACGUGCAGAAGGGCAUGGACGAAGGGGAGUACCUGUGUAGUGUCCUCAUCCAGCCACAGCUCUCCAUCAGCCAGAGUGUCCACGUGGCUGUCAAAGUGCCCCCUCUAAUCCAGCCCUUCGAGUUCCCACCGGCCUCCAUCGGCCAGCUGCUCUACAUCCCCUGCGUAGUGUCCUCGGGGGACAUGCCCAUCCGCAUCACCUGGAGGAAGGACGGACAGGUGAUCAUCUCAGGCUCAGGUGUCACCAUCGAGAGCAAGGAAUUCAUGAGCUCCCUGCAGAUCUCCAGUGUUUCCCUCAAGCACAACGGCAACUACACGUGCAUCGCCAGCAACGCAGCGGCCACCGUGAGCAGGGAGCGCCAGCUCAUCGUGCGCGUGCCCCCUCGAUUCGUGGUCCAGCCCAACAACCAGGAUGGCAUCUAUGGCAAAGCUGGUGUGCUUAACUGCUCAGUGGACGGCUACCCCCCACCCAAGGUCAUGUGGAAGCAUGCCAAGGGGAGCGGGAACCCCCAGCAGUACCACCCAGUGCCCCUCACCGGCCGCAUCCAGAUCCUGCCCAACAGCUCUCUGCUGAUCCGCCACGUCCUGGAAGAGGACAUCGGCUACUACCUCUGCCAGGCCAGCAACGGUGUGGGCACCGACAUCAGCAAGUCCAUGUUCCUCACUGUCAAGAUCCCGGCCAUGAUCACCUCCCACCCCAACACCACCAUCGCCAUCAAGGGCCACGCCAAAGAGCUCAACUGCACUGCGCGGGGGGAGCGGCCCAUCAUCAUCCGCUGGGAGAAGGGGGACACGGUCAUCGAUCCUGACCGUGUCAUGCGGUAUGCCAUCACCACCAAGGACAACGGAGACGAGGUUGUCUCCACACUGAAGCUCAAGCCAGCUGACCGUGGGGACUCUGUGUUCUUCAGCUGCCACGCCAUCAACUCAUAUGGGGAGGACCGGGGCUUGAUCCAACUCACUGUGCAAGAGCCCCCCGACCCCCCAGAGCUGGAGAUCCGGGAGGUGAAGGCCCGGAGCAUGAACCUGCGCUGGACUCAGCGGUUCGACGGGAACAGCAUCAUCACGGGCUUCGACAUUGAGUACAAGAAUAAAUCAGAUUCCUGGGACUUCAAGCAGUCCACACGCAACAUCUCCCCCACCAUCAACCAGGCCAACAUCGUGGACUUGCACCCAGCAUCUGUGUACAGCAUUCGCAUGUACUCCUUCAACAAGAUUGGCCGCAGCGAGCCGAGCAAGGAGCUCACCAUCAGCACAGAGGAGGCAGCUCCUGAUGGGCCCCCCAUGGAUGUCACUUUGCAGCCGGUGACCUCACAGAGCAUCCAAGUGACUUGGAAGGCGCCCAAGAAGGAACUGCAGAACGGCGUCAUCCGGGGCUACCAGAUCGGCUACAGAGAGAACAGCCCUGGCAGCAAUGGGCAGUACAGCAUCGUGGAGAUGAAGGCCACCGGGGACAGCGAGGUCUACACCCUGGACAACCUCAAGAAGUUCGCCCAAUAUGGAGUGGUGGUCCAAGCCUUCAAUCGGGCUGGCACGGGGCCCUCAUCCAGUGAGAUCAACGCCACCACCCUGGAGGAUGUGCCCAGCCAACCCCCUGAGAAUGUCCGGGCCCUGUCCAUCACUUCUGAUGUGGCUGUCAUCUCCUGGUCGGAGCCCCCACGCAGCACCCUCAAUGGCGUCCUCAAAGGCUAUCGGGUCAUCUUCUGGUCACUCUAUGUUGAUGGAGAGUGGGGCGAGAUGCAGAACAUCACCACCACACGCGAGCGGGUAGAGCUGCGAGGCAUGGAGAAGUUCACCAACUACAGUGUGCAGGUGCUGGCCUACACACAAGCCGGAGACGGCGUGCGCAGCAGCGUGCUCUACAUCCAGACCAAAGAGGAUGUUCCAGGUCCCCCAGCUGGCAUCAAAGCUGUCCCUUCAUCUGCCAGCAGUGUGGUGGUGUCUUGGCUCCCCCCUACCAAGCCCAAUGGAGUGAUCCGCAAGUACACCAUCUUCUGCUCCAGCCCCGGGUCUGGCCAGCCGGCUCCCAGCGAGUACGAGACGAGUCCAGAGCAGCUCUUCUACCGGAUCGCCCACCUAAACCGGGGGCAGCAGUACCUGCUAUGGGUGGCCGCCGUCACCUCCGCCGGCCGGGGCAACAGCAGCGAGAAGGUCACCAUCGAGCCUGCCGGCAAGGCCCCAGCAAAGAUCAUCUCAUUUGGCGGCACUGUGACAACACCCUGGAUGAAAGAUGUCCGGCUGCCUUGCAAUUCAGUGGGAGAUCCAGCCCCUGCUGUGAAGUGGACCAAGGACAGUGAAGACUCGGCCAUCCCGGUGUCUAUGGAUGGGCACCGGCUCAUCCAUACCAAUGGCACGUUGCUGCUGCGUGCUGUGAAGGCCGAGGACUCGGGCUACUACACCUGCACGGCCACCAACACCGGGGGCUUCGACACCAUCAUCGUCAACCUUCUGGUGCAAGUGCCCCCGGACCAGCCCCGCCUCACUGUCUCUAAAACCUCUGCUUCGUCUAUCACCCUGACCUGGAUUCCAGGUGACAAUGGGGGCAGCUCCAUCCGAGGCUUCGUGCUGCAGUACUCAGUGGACAACAGCGAGGAGUGGAAGGACGUGUUCAUCAGCUCCAGCGAGCGCUCCUUCAAGCUGGACAGCCUCAAAUGUGGCACGUGGUACAAGGUGAAGCUGGCAGCCAAGAACAGUGUGGGCUCUGGGCGCAUCAGCGAGAUCAUCGAGGCCAAGACCCAUGGGCGGGAGCCCUCCUUCAGCAAAGACCAACACCUCUUCACCCACAUCAACUCCACGCAUGCUCGGCUUAACCUGCAGGGCUGGAACAAUGGGGGCUGCCCUAUCACAGCCAUCGUCCUGGAGUACCGGCCCAAGGGCACCUGGGCCUGGCAGGGCCUCCGGGCCAACAGCUCCGGGGAGGUGUUUCUAACCGAACUGCGAGAGGCCACAUGGUACGAGCUGCGCAUGAGGGCCUGCAACAGCGCCGGCUGCGGCAACGAGACUGCCCAGUUCGCCACCCUGGACUAUGAUGGCAGCACCAUCCCUCCCAUCAAGUCUGCUCAAGGUGAGGGGGAUGACGUCAAGAAGCUGUUCACCAUUGGCUGCCCAGUCAUCCUGGCCACGCUGGGGGUGGCACUGCUCUUCAUCGUGCGCAAGAAGAGGAAGGAGAAGCGACUGAAGCGGCUCCGAGAUGCAAAGAGUUUGGCAGAAAUGUUGAUAAGCAAGAACAACCGAAGUUUUGACACCCCUGUAAAGGGGCCACCCCAGGGCCCGCGGCUACACAUUGACAUCCCCAGGGUCCAGCUGCUCAUUGAGGACAAGGAGGGCAUCAAGCAGUUGGGAGAUGACAAAGCCACCAUCCCUGUGACAGACGCUGAGUUCAGCCAAGCUGUCAACCCUCAGAGUUUCUGCACCGGUGUUUCCCUGCACCACCCAGCCCUCAUCCAGAGCUCAGGACCCCUCAUCGACAUGUCUGACAUCCGGCCAGGCACCAAUCCAGUGUCCAGGAAGAAUGUGAAGUCAGCCCAUAGUACCCGGAACCGGUACUCAAGCCAGUGGACUUUGACCAAGUGCCAGGCCUCCACACCCGCCCGCACCCUCACCUCCGACUGGCGCACUGUGGGCUCCCAGCACGGUGUCACUGUCACUGAGAGUGACAGCUAUAGCGCGAGCCUCUCCCAGGACACAGACAAAGGACGGAACAGCAUGGUGUCCACCGAAAGCGCCUCUUCCACCUACGAGGAGCUGGCCCGGGCCUAUGAGCAUGCCAAGCUGGAGGAGCAGCUGCAGCACGCCAAGUUUGAGAUCACCGAGUGCUUCAUCUCGGACAGCUCCUCCGACCAGAUGACCACAGGCACCAAUGAGAACGCUGACAGCAUGACGUCCAUGAGCACCCCCUCCGAGCCUGGCAUUUGCCGCUUCACCUCCUCCCCACCCAAGCCCCAGGAUGCCGACCGGGGCAAAAACGUGGCUGUGCCCAUCCCUCACCGGGCCAACAAGAGUGACUACUGUAACCUGCCCCUGUAUGCCAAGUCGGAGGCCUUCUUCCGGAAGGCAGAUGGGCGCGAGCCCUGUCCCGUGGUCCCACCCCGUGAGGCCUCCAUCCGGAACCUGGCUCGAACCUACCACACCCAGGCCCGCCACCUGACCCUGGACCCUGCCAGCAAGCCCUUGGGCCUCCCGCACCCAGGGGCCCCCGCUGCCGCCUCCACAGCCACCUUACCUCAGAGGACUCUGGCCAUGCCAGCACCCCCCGCCGGCACGGCCCCCCCAGCACCCGGCCCCACCCCUGCCGAGCCCCCCGCGGCCCCUAGUGCUGCUCCUCCGGCCCCCAGCACAGAGCCUCCGCGGGCCGGGGGCCCACACACCAAAAUGGGGGGCUCCAGGGACUCACUUCUCGAGAUGAGCACGUCGGGGGUAGGGAGGUCUCAGAAGCAGGGGGCUGGGGCUUACUCCAAAUCCUACACCCUGGUGUAGGGGCGCAGCGAGGAGAACAGCCUUUGCGUGGACCCGGCUGCACCUCCAGCCCUCACACCCAACUUGGCUGUUUUCCUGCAUUAUUUAUAUUAAACUGACAGACGAAAACCAACCAACAACGAAAAGAAAACCCCCGAGUCAUGAACGCUUGUACAUAGAACUCUUUUGUACAAAUGAAACUAUUUUCUUCUUCUCCAUGAAGCCAGGGCACAAUGAAUUUGACAGUACAAGUAAACCCCACCCCCACCCCACAAAAUACGCGUGCAGAGAUAUAUACAUAUAUAGAGAGCGAGGAACACGUCGACAAGCUAUGUAUCUAUAUAUUUCUCUCGCCGGAUUUUGAGACAGAGGCACAAAGACCCAGCAGUUUUUCCCUCCUACUCACCCUCCCUCCAAUCUAGGUGGUUUUGACCAAGACCGAAAUCCCAACUCAGAGAACACUGCAUGCGAUUUUACUGUUCCGAGAAAACCAGGAGUUGCUUCAAUUUGCAGAUGCUUAUGUGUUAAUACC